AUAUAUCAGUACUGAAUGUGCGGCUGUUUCGUACGUUGUAGUCGAAAAGAAUCUUAUCUCGGUGCGAUAAAACACUCAUACGGGCUCGAAACUGCCGCACACACCGAAUUAUUAUGUGAGGUGAAGUUCGCUUCGUUUUCCAGUCUCCGCUUUUGGUUCAGACACAAUUUGCCCUCGAAAAUUCAAAACAUGGAACCGGGGGUGGUGAAGAUCGCCGAGGAUAGCGACUUCGACAUGCUCAAGAGUCUGGUCGACAGCGACACCGACUGGAAACUGGAAUACGACAAAGGGGGCGGCACGAAGGUUUGGAGCAAACCAACGAAGAAUUGCAGCUUCAAUAUGGUUAAAAUUCACACAGUCUUCCCAAAUGUGAAUGCGAAUACAUUAUUCGACGUACUCCUGGAUCCUGAUUAUAGAAAAGACUGGGAUGAACAUAUGCUCCAGUCCAUAGAAAUAGGAUACUUAAAUCCUAAUAACGAUAUAGGAUACUACUCACUAUUUUGUCCAUCGCCUGUGAAAAACCGCGAUUUUGUGUUACAAAGAUCGUGGCUGGACAUGGGAAGCGAAAAACUUAUAUUGAAUCAUUCAAUUGAACAUAAGGAUUACCCACCCAAGAAAGGAUUCGUUAGGGCAAUUUCGUAUUUAACUGGAUAUGUGAUAAGAUCAACCAAAAUGGGCUGCUUUCUGGGGUACAUCUCUCAGACAGAUCCUCGAGGAAAAUUACCUUCUUGGUUAUGCAACAAAUUGACUCAGAAAUUCGCACCAAAAGUCGUCCAACAAUUACUGCACGCUUCACAGGGCUACGAAAAUUGGAAACACUCGCAAAUUAACCCCAACUACAAACCCUGGGUUUACCCCGAGUUAACUCUGGAUGUUCCGAGAGUCAGCGUAAAAGAUUGCAAAGCGGUAACGGCAGUGAGUUACGCAGAAUGCGAAGAUGAUGAGUCCUAAAAUUCGGCCUAGAAAACUUAAUUUUUAAGAAAGGUUAAACAAAAACAUUUAUUGAAAACGGGUCUUUUCAAAUAAAUUGUAUAUUUAUAUUUUAUAGAAAAAAUAUAGUAUUUAGAUAGUA